UAAGUCACAUUGGUGACAGGGCAACUAUAGGAUUAUCUCCUUCAGGCUUGCCGUCGGCCACGCGAUCCGAAAAACUGUCAAUCUCAAUUCAAAUCUCCAGACAAGACAGCUGUUAGUAUACCGUCAGGUCUCUAUGACCACAAGGAUGGACCCUGCAGGACUCUAUGGACUAUUCUAUGCCUGCAUCGAGACCGUCAUCAACGACUUGUUGAUGCCCUGCUUGAUGAUGUGAUGAACCUCUCUUACCAAGUAACUCCUUUAGAAUGAGGCUGCACAGCGCUCCUGCAGGGUCACAAUUCAUGCUGUCGUUAUAAUUCUGAAUAUCUGCAUUUGCUAGUGCAUUAUUCGCCCAACCUUUCCCUCGAUAGCAGUUAUCAUGCAGGACGAAUUUCGCAUUGAGCUCACGGCGGACGAGAAGUUGAACGUUCUGGAAGAGCUGGAACGUAGACCGUCUGCUGACUCCCCAACACCGUGUUCGGAGUCUGACCCUCCGGAUGGCGGGCAUGUGGCAUGGACCACUGCUUUUGGAUCUUUUUUGAUACAAUUUUGUGGCUAUGGAUACUUAAACUCUUUUGGAGUCUACCAAGAUUUUUACACACGAAUUUAUCUAACCAACCAUUCACCAUCUACAAUAUCAUGGGUCGGUGCAUUGAGCUCGUUCCUCAUAGCCAGUGGCACCUUGAUCUCUGGCCGACUAUACGACAGGGGGUGGUUCUACCAUUUGAUAAUUGCCGGUUCGGCGCUCCAAUCACUGUCCUUGUUCGCGUUAUCCUUCGCCAAGCCUGGUCAACUAUACAUGGGUGUCCUUUCUGGGUUUGCGAUGGGCCUAACAUAUGGUCCCUCUAUAGCGGUCAUCUCUCAGCAUUUCUCCAAAAGACGCACGCUAGUAAUGUCUCUCGUUGCGUCUGGUUCACCCCUGGGUGGCAUCAUCCAUCCGAUCAUGCUGAAUCACCUUUUCGAUGGUGCUGCUGACUUUGCGAGAGCUGUCCGUAUCAGUGCAGGUUUCAUUAGUGCCCUGCUGUUGAUCGCCUGCUUGUCCAUGCGCACAAGAGCACUGUUGACACAAACCAUCAGCUAUAGUGCAGUGGUACGAAAAUGCUCUCGCGAUGUCCCUUUCAUACUCGUGACCGCUGGUAUUCUUCUUGCUCAGAUAGGCUUUUUCUUCCCUCUGUACUACUUACAAUUGGACUCUAUCAAACAUGGGAUCAAUGUACAUUUCUCGUUCUACUCCUUUGUGAUUUUGAAUGCCGCCAGUGUCAUCGGACGUUGCACAGCAGGAAUAAUUGCACCAUAUACGGGAUUGUUGAACUUAACAAUCGUAUCCACUGCUGCAUGCGGCGUCGUCAUCAUAUCCAUGAUAGCUCUGAGUAACAUAUCCAGUGUGGUCGUGAUAGGCAUUGCAUAUGGCUACUUUUCUGGAGUUUACAUCGCGCUGUGGGUCCCGAUGGUGGGUAUGUUGACCCCCGACUUGUCGGAGCUAGGGGCGCGGGUGGGCAUAUUCUUUAUCUUUAUCUCGUUUAGUGCAUUGCUCGGUGGUCCAAUAUCGGGCGCUUUACUUUCAUCUCAUUAUAGGUGGUUGAUACCGUUGCUCUUCAGUGGGAUCAUAUAUUUUGUUGGAAGUUUGGUGUUAGUGGUGACACGCUUGAUAAUAUACCGGCAAAGAUAACUGGAAAACGGCCAUAACUUGGCGCGGAAACGAGUAGAUUUUUAGUACUUAGUGAUGAUUUGAUUUGACAUCAUGCCCUGUGCAGUAGUACUCUGUAAUAUGCUGUCAUGCAGGUGAGCCGAUACUAAUGCACAAGUGAACAUCAUGAUCAAUCAUCAGAUUCAUAC